GCAAACAAUACAGGUUCUCUUUGCCACGUUUGCCAGGUGCCGCGUCUACUUUUCGCUGUCCACUUGGUCUUUAAAUCGUGUCCAAAAUGAAGUUUUUCGCCGUUGUGCUUGCCGUUUUGGCUGCUACUGUUGUUGCUGUUGAUGUCGAGGUGGAGGAGGAUGUCGUCGUUUUGACGGACGACAAUUUGGCUGCAUUUGUUGCCGAAAAUAAGCACGUGCUCGUCGAGUUUUACGCACCUUGGUGUGGCCACUGCAAAUCCCUGGCUCCGGAGUAUGCCAAGGCGGCAGGCUCUCUCAAGGAAUCCGGCUCUGAGAUUAAAUUGGCCAAGGUGGAUGCCACCGCACAGACAGAAUCGGCAAAGACAUACGGCGUGCGUGGCUACCCUACCCUGAAAUUCUUCAAGGAUGGCCAAGUUAAGGACUACUCAGGUGGAAGGACCACAGCAGAAAUCAUCACAUGGCUCGAAAAGAAGACAGGCCCGCCAGCAAAGGCCAUCGAGACCCCCGAGGAGGCCGAGGCUCUGGAGAAAGCCAACGAAGUGGUUGUCUUUGGUCUGUUUGCUGACAAGGAAUCGGACAAGGCCAAGGUUUUCCUGAGUGUGGCUGGCGAGAUGGACGACGUGAUCUUUGGUAUCUCAUCAGCUGAGGCUGUUUUGAAGAAGUAUGAGGUCACUGAUGGCAUUGUCCUGAUGAAGCAGUUUGACAACAAACGUGACAACUUUGAAGAUGAAAUGACUGCAGAAAAUGUCAAGAAAUUUAUCAUGAACAACCGCCUGCCUCUUGUCAUCGAGUUCACUGACGAAACUGCACCCAAAAUCUUUGGAGGAGACGUGAAGGUACACAAUCUGCUGUUCAUUGGCAAGGAUGACGAGAAGUUUGGAGACAUUCACAGUGCCUUCAGCGAAGUUGCAAAGGACAGCAAGGGAGAGAUGCUGUUUGUUCUGAUCAACACCGACAAAGAAACCAACGCCCGCAUUACGGAAUUUUUUGCCAUCACUAAAGAAGGCCUGCCCACCAUGAGGAUCAUCGUCCUGGCCGACGACAUGAAGAAAUUCAUGCCAGAGUCCAACGAGUUGACCGUGGAUGCCAUCAAGAAGUUUGUCGGCGAUUACAAGGAGGGCAAGCUUAAGCCUCAUCUCAAAACCGAGGAUGUCCCAGAGGAUUGGGACAAGGAGCCCGUCAAGGUCCUUGUGGGCAAGAACUUUGCUGAAGUAGCUUACGAUAAAACCAAGGAUGUUUUAGUAGAAUUUUAUGCACCAUGGUGCGGCCACUGCAAGAAGCUCGCUCCAAUCUUUGAUGACUUGGGCAAGAAUUUUGCUGACCGCGAAGACCUUAUAAUUGCCAAGAUGGACUCCACAGCCAACGAAGUGGAAGGGGUUUCUAUUGGCGGUUUCCCAACGUUAAAGCUUUUCAAGAAAGAAACUAAUGAGGUUGUUGAUUACAAUGGUGGUAGGACGUUGGAGGAUCUAACAAAAUUCUUGGAGUCUGGAGGAGUUGAUGGUGCAGGCCCAGACGAUGAUGAAGAAUUUGACGAAGAGGAUGAAGAGGAGGAGGAUGAAGGGGAGCAGAAGAAGGACGAGCUGUAGAGCAAUCUCAUAAUGCCACGUCUCCAUAGAGACGUCGUCACAGCAACCCCACAUCAUCGUCAUUUUAAUCUCCAUCAUCUCCAGCCGUCUGAUCUUCCCUGGUAUUGCGCUCUUUGGACCACCGACCACCAACUUCAGCAAAUCAAACAUUGUAGCAAAAUCCAGCAGUAGUUAAUAAUAGGAUGUACAUUUUUUAGUUCUGAUCUUGAAGACAAAAAGAUGUUGAUUUCAUAAGAAGCUCCGGCAGAUAUUGUUUUGUAUUUAAAGACUCCGAUGAUGCAAUUUUCUUAAAUGCAGACGAGGCUAACUAGUGCCUUGUAGGAGACGGAUCUGCUCCCCUGCCUGGCUUCUGAUGAAAAAACAAAAUAUUUCUUCGGAAGUUUUUUUCAGCUCAUUCUACAAUACCAGGGACUGAACGGCCUUCAAUAUUUCAUUUUUCUUUUCUUCCAAAAGAUUUUCUGUGGGUGUUUGGGAUUCAGAAUCGUUUUAUUCCAUUUUUUUGAAAUAAAUUUUAUUUCCAUUUUCACAUUUAUUGUUCAGACUUUUUUUAAAAAGGAUAAAGAUAGAAGUGGCUUUAUUUCUGUUGUUAACUGUGGAGACUUCCUAACACCUUGAAGUAACUUUGUUUCUUCUCAACGUUCAAACAUUAAAAGGAACUUUAUGUCAACUGUUGCUUUGUCCAGAAUAUACACCCCAAAAAAUAAUCAAAUGUGCUGUUAUAGUCAAUACAUCUAUGAAGCUGAAACUUACUCAUUGCCAAAUCACAAACCGAGGCCUGAUUCCAAAAAGCUGCUAGAAAAGCCAGAAAUGCUGAAACAGACUUCCAUGUGUGACAUCAACUCGGAACCAUUCCUAAGCAAAUAGCUUAACAGUUUGAUUUGAAACUGUGCCUUGCAAUGCACACUUGGUCCUGUUUUAUGCUGCUAAACACGAAGUCGCUUACCAAUAUUUUUAGCUUGGCACAUCCUUGCAAUCAAGCUGCCUGCUCUGUGCUUAGAAAGUUUACAUGCUUACCAUCUUUUUGAAAUUGGGCCUAGGUAAUGUCGUAGCUAUGGUAUGAGUAAUAUCUGUUUUCUACUCAAUCAUUGAUUAUGUUUUCAAUGUAAGUGCUGUGUAUUUUUAAUGCUUCCUUUUUCGCAGAUAUAACUGUGCGGUGUUUUAAUGUGUUCAAUAAUUUAUCAUGUUACUUGCUGUACACGUUGUCUGUGAAAUUUUCAGCAAUUUGUCUAAUAUAUUUCUUAAUUACAAAUCUUAUUUGUGUUCCCCAAGAUUUUGUCAUCAUUCAGGGCUUAACUUCAUUAGGCUGGUAGAAUAGAAAAAUAAAAAUUAAUAAAACAAUGCAACAAAUAAAAACUUCAUGGAAUGAUUUUAUUUUGCACAUCAUUUUCACUUGUUUUCAUUUGUUACGCACUAAAAGCACAUUGGCCUUGUGAAGUUGAGCCCUUUGUAAAAAUAUAUUAUCGUUACAAUUGUGAGAACAUUUAAAAAUAAAUAUUGAUUCCUAACUCCCAAAUAUUACAAAACAAUUUUGGCAAAAUGUGUUUGUUUUUAUAAAAAAGUUGUUUUUUUGUUAAAUUGUGAAAUAGUUGUUUUAUUUGGUCAAACAGCAUAGUGCAUAGCAUAGGAUAGACAUAAUUUAUUGCAACUGGUCAAGCAACAUUUUGAUGUGUAGUCCUUUGUUCUAGGUUUAUCUAAUGUUAACGAUUUCAGAGAAGCAACUGCAACCCUAACUAAAUUUUACAAGGUCGUGAAUUAAUGUUUGCCAAUGGGCAGUGUUAAAACUCCAUAGACAUGGACAGAUUAACAAGCAAACAAAGAGAGGAAUUUCGGAAUUAAAAAGUUGUCCAACAAAUUA